AUGAGAGGCCCGACCGUCCUCCUCACUGUGGCUCUGCCCACGCUCCUGGCUCCCGGGGCCGGGGCACCGGUACAAAGUCAGGGCUCCCGGAACAAGCUGCUCCUGGUGUCCUUCGACAGCUUCUGCCGGAACUACGAGCAGGAUGUGGACACCCCCAACCUGGACGCCAUGGCCCGAGACGGGGUGAAGGCACGCUACAUGACCCCCGCCUUUGUCACCAUGACCAGCCCCUGCCACUUCACCCUGGUCACCGAUAACAACAGAGAAAUGCAUAAUGUCCAGUGAAUUUAUUAAAGUUCUGAAGUCGGUCACGUGCAGUGGCUCACGCCUGUAAUCUCAACACUUCGGGAGGCCGAGGCAUGUGGAUCACGAGGUCAGGAGUUGGAGACUAGCCUGACCAACAUGGUGAAACCCCGUCUCUACUAAAAAUACAGAAAUUAGCCAGGCAUGGUGGCACGCGGCUGUAAUCCCCGCUACUCAGGAGGCUGAGGCAGGAGAAUUGCUUGAACCUGGGAGGCAGAGGUUGCAGUGAGCCGAGAUGGCGCCACUGCAUUCCAGCCUGGGCAAAAGAAUGAGUGAGACUCCUUCUCAAAAAAAAGAGUUGCAAAGUCAUACUCACCUUUCUGCUCUUGUCAGACAAUUAAGGGGUCUUUGAAUACUUCAGCCCUAAUAAUUUGCUUCCUAACAUACAUAUUGCAGUGCUUAUCUAAUUUUAAAUAUAUUUUUGUUUCAACACCUAAUUUU